AUGCCUACGAUUAACAACCCCGUUCUCCUGCCUGGCUCAAGGGUCCUCGUCACUGGCGUUAGUGGCUUCAUUGGCAGCCACAUUGCUGAUCAGCUGCUUUCCGAGGGGUAUCUUGUCACUGGAACGACUCGAGAUAUCUCUAAACUAUCCUGGCUCCAAACUCUCUUCGACGGCAAAUACGGAGAGGGAAAGUUUGGCAUUGUCCAAGUCCAUGAUAUCGCUAAUUCUGGAGCUAUUGACCACCUCUUUCAUGGCAUAUCUGGCAUCGUGCACGCUGCCUCUGACAUGACGAUGGACCCGGAUCCCAACAAGGUCAUCACCCCAAUGGUGGCGGGAACCCUCAGCCUGCUGAAUGCAGCGGCGAAACAGUCCUCCGUUAAACGCUUCGUUCUCACAUCGUCCUGCGCAGCGGCCGCCACCGCGAAGCCAGGGGUUGCCCAAGCCAUCGACACAAACACGUGGAACGACGAAGUGAGCCGCGAAGCAUGGGCCCCCCCGCCUUAUGGCCCGGAGCGCAGCUUUGCGGUGUACGCGGCGAGCAAAAUGGAGAUGGAGAGAGAGGCGUGGAAGUGGCAUGCUGAGCACAAACCUCAAUUUGUAUUGAAUACAGUUCUUCCGAGCAUGAACUUUGGCAAGAGUCUCGAUCCCGUCAAUCAAGGUCACCCCUCAACAUCGUUUAUGGUCCAGGCGGUGUUCCAAGGAAAUGCGACAAAUGAUGUGUGUCUGACCAAUGCUCCAGACUUCUUCGUCGAUGUCCAGGACAAUGCUCGUCUCCAUAUCGCGGCUCUCAUCCACCCCGGCGUUCAGGGGGAGCGUAUUUUUGCCUAUGCCCAGCCUUACACCUGGCGCGGUAUCCAGGAUGCCAUUCGGGGGUUGUACCCCAGCAAGUCUUUUGCCGGUGAUAUUGAGCAUGCCAAGCUCGACGCCAGCCACAUCGUCGCCGCCCCACGGGCCGAGGAACUACUGAAGGAGAUGGGCCAGGAAGGGUGGAGCAGCCUGGAGGAGACUGUGAGGAUGAACGUCGAGGAUCUUGCUUGA